AUGGUGGUGGUUACAUGUGCGAGAUGGACAAAAUUUGGUAAAUCUCACGACUUUGUCUUCAUUGGAAAAGAAACUGUUGCAACUGCUUCCGGCAUUUACGUGAGUUUUUUGAAUUUGAAUACGAAAGAAAGACGGAUCGAGCGUUUCGACAACAUAGAAAGAGGCGAUGGCGCAUCGUGUUUGGCUGGACAUCCGACAGUUUCCAUGUUUUCCGUCGUUGAAAGAAAACUUAAUCCCAAGAUAUCGAUAUUUAUGUAUCCAACACUACAAAGGAUUUCCGUAUGUAAGUUGCCUGACAAAAUUCAUAGUUACUUAUCGUGUUCUUUCGCGGGUACAGAAUAUUUGAUAAGCCUGACUAGCUUUCCCGAUUUUCGACUGAUCGUAUGGCUUUGGAAAAGCGGCAAGCACAUCGCUACUCUUAACACGAAAAUAAAUAAUCUCGUUCAAGAAAUUUGUUGUUCACCAAAUCUUCCGCAUUUAAUAUCGCAAUUUGGAGUCAUCGAUGGCGCACUCUCAAUUUAUCAAGUGCGCACGUGCUCGAAAAUCGUAACCAUACAUCACGUGGACGUGCCAGUUCCGGAACAUAAAAUCGUGUCUUCGUCUUGGACUCCGGAAGGAAACCUAUUUGUCUCGGACAAAUUUGGCAAUGUAUGGCUCGUGGCGAUAGAUGCUAACAAGCUGUAUUCGGUCGUAAAAUCAGAAUCUCACAAACUGUCGACGAACAAAUCAAUCGUCGUCUCAUAUAAGAAUGGCGUAAUAGUCGUAAACACCAAUAAUGAAAUUGCAUUUUAUAAAAAAUCGUCGGCGGACUGGAACGUGUCAUGGCAAUUUGCGUGGUCGAUUUCAACUUUCUAUUCCAUACAAGCGGGAAAACAACAUUGUUUCAAAAAUGGGGUCCUGUUCCACUCCAAAAGCGGAGAAAUUUUUGAGAUCAGUACGCAAUACGACAACAUUCCCCAGAUGGAAGUUAUUUAUACGGAUGAAAUAGAAUACAAAGCACUGUUUUCUAUAUCUCAACGCACAGAUCACGUCGCGGCGCUAGACCGGUUAGAUCGCUUAUGCAUUUUCGAGUUACUGACCGGUAAACUUACAGCGAAAUUAUUUCUAAAACAUCACGGUGAAGUUCUGCAUACAGAUUCGCAUCCCACUUUAUCGGUGCUUGCAUCAUGCACCAUUGCUGGCAAUUGCAUAUUUAUUGACGUCACAAAUAUCUCAUCGCCUAAAAUUGUAAAUUGCUUUCAUCUACACGGAGAUUCUUUGGACAGAAUAAAAUUUUCGCUCUACGGCUCGUUUUUAGGAAUUGCUAAUUCUCAAACUGGCAAAAUGUUUAUUAUUGGUAAACGGUCUAAACAACAGCGUGUAGAUGUUCUUGGAUUUAUGGAAGUUGGUGAAUGCAUCGCUAAUUUUCUAAUAUAUGAGAGAAAUAACGAUUGCUUCGAAAUCUUAGUCCUUGCAACGGCUAAUCCUUCCACAGUUUCGAUCGGCGGUGACAAAGUGAUCGUAUACACUUGCAAAAUGUCGAUGGACUUCUGCGCGAAUCCCGUGUGCGUGAUAGAUUUGUCAAAAACUUACAAGAUGCUCUAUCAUGGAUCAAAUAAGCCUUUCGACAUAUUAGCUACACCCUCUUUAUCUAAACAGUUGCAUCGAAUGGAAAUAGAGGAUGAUUUUCAAAAUAUUGUUCUUGCGGAAGCACUCUCUGAGAUGCAUCAAAUGAGAGAUUUCGGAAUAUAUGUGACGGACUCUCGAAUCAUAACGUAUGGAUACGAUGGUUUAAUCAUAGUCAGAAAUAGUACAGAGCUUCAUAAAGCGAUCGCGGCUUUUAUGCCGCAUCACCGUAGCGAAGCAGGCAUAAACUUACCGGAGAUAAACAGGCAACAAGCAAAAAUAAACUUGGUGGAAACCGAGGCUGUAAAUAGACAUUUAUCGAUUGAAGAUUUUAUUUCUGAUUCAAAUGAACUUUACGAUCUACAAGAAGAGACCUGGCUGGAUAGUAUAACCGCUGUUAAAUUGAAAGCCGAGCGUAACAAAGCUCUAUCUUUACGAGUUUUUAUCAAAGCCGAUCUGGAAAAAAUAAAAAAUCAAAUAUGCAAGCUUCUCGAUGCAAAUGAGAGCAAGCCACCAGACGCUCGAUUGCCAAUCUCGGCUUUCGACUUGGAUCGCGAGUCUCGACAACGGAAAAUAGCAGAUGCGAAACUUGAACGAGAUAAGGUGCGUCGAGAACUCGAGGAGAAAUGCGCCCAACGAGAUCAGAUAGCGUUAUAUCUGCGUGAAAUAUUCUGGGAGCCUCUGGAAGUUAAACCAUGCGCCCUCAGAUCUAUUAGUGGCGACACGAUAGUCCGAAAUUAUCCUCUCGUCGCGUCGAAUCGGAAAAAGGAUGACUUUAAAGUAUGGGAUAAACUUUCCGCGGACACUGGCGAAUUUUUGUACAGUUGCGAGGUGUAUAAUGAUGAGUUAAUAGAUAAAGAAGACGAUUCGAGACGAGGAUCCACAGAGCUUGAUUGCGAAGAAAGAUCAACGAGUAACAACAGCGAAGCCAAAGUACACGAAGUGGCUAAAAAGUGGUAUGAACUGGCGGAUGACGAUGAGAAAUUAUGUAUAUCGGGGAUCACAACGCAUAAAUGGAUAGAGGAUGAAAGCAUAGCUGCAACGCAUCAAUUGUUAGUUUCAUAUGACAGCGAUUUUGAAAUUAUUCUAAAGAAAGACAUCAUCAUCGAAAAUCGAGAGCGUAAAUUAAAGAUGCAUUUUAACGAUCUCUUCGAGAAAAUGAGACGCGCAAAGGAACAUGAAUUAAAGCGCGCAAAAGAACGCAUCGACAGACUUCGACAUUGCGCUUCUGAGUUAAAAACGAUGUUCGGGAUAGAUUCACUUCUGGAACCAAUCGAAACGCCAAUCUGGAGUGUCGAAGAGAUACCCGAUUAUGUAGUCACUGUAAAAGAUCAAGAAGUACUUGAGAAACAAUCGCGACGAGAAGAGCCUGAAAACGUAAUAGUCGAUAAGAAUGGAGAAAAUAAACAGAAAACUGGAGAAAAUAAUGAUUUUUAUGACAAAAUUCUUGAGAAAACAAUGGACGGUGUAUUGGAACCCAAGUGGGAAGACGAAGUGAAAAAGGAGAUACCUAUGCCGGAAUGUUUAAUGAAAGAUUCUUCGAAAUAUACUGACGAAGACAUCGCAGCUAUCGCAUUAUAUAAGUUCAAAGUGCAAGUGUUGCAAAAAGAACGAGAAAAGUAUAAAUCGACACUGCAGGUCGAGAUUGUGGAAACGAAAGAAGCCUUACAAAGAGAUAUUGUAGCAUUCAAUGACAAGUUAAAGGAUCUGGAAUUGAAAAAGAUGCAGAUCGAAUGCGCGAUUCUCCAGGAAAGAUUGAUGAGGAUACACGAGAUCCAACGAUAUCGGGUCGAAGUCAACGGAAAACAAGAAAUUGCUCGUUUCACCGAGAAAGAGCUAACACCGUCGACGCUGAAGGCACACAAGCUCGCCGAAGAAUGCAAUUCGCACGAAACAGUCGUGUCAGAAUUAAAAACUCGAUAUGACAAUCUUUGCAAGGCGGAAAAGCGCCAGGAAACUAAGUUCCGCAGCGAAUUUGCGGACUUGAAGCAACCGAUAGUGGAACAUUUGCUCAGACAUUACAAGAAGCGACCCAGGAUCGGCCGACUCAUUACCACGUCCGUCACGUAUCUGACAGAGGUGGCCAGAUGCGUCGCGAACAACGAAAAAUCGGACAUCUUACCACGCGAAUGCCUAGACUUUCUCAGAGGUAUGGACACGUUGGACACAAUGCCCGGAAAUUUACCGUCGCAAAUCAACAUUCAUCACUGGCGAACGAUGUGCAAGUUGAGGAGAGCAAAAGUUGAAAUAGAGACAAAGGUGAAAUGCUGCGCGGUGGAGAUGGCCGAAGCGGAGCAAACGCUGUCGUUUUACCAGAAAGCGAUGCAAUCGGCUGAUAACGUCGUGGCGUGCAAAAAGAUCAGUUUGGAUAACAUGGAGAAAUCCUUGGCGCAACUUGCGGAGGAGAUGAAAGUUCAACUCGUCUUGAAGAUGGGUCAGAUUGAGGUUCCGCUGCGAGGUUGCUUCUCCGAUUACGAGAACACCGUUCUUGUGCCGCACGAGGAACUUUUGCGCAUCAACAACUGUAUCGUCGAAGCUGGAAAACGCAAGUUAGCGGCAAUACAUAAAUCCAUACAUUUGCGGAAAGUCGUGGCGCAGCAUGAAUGGAGACAUACUUGCGCGAAGAUGAUAUUGGACGAUUUGCAGCAGGAGCUAAAGGAUGUUCGAGAGUUCAAGAUUACGAGAAACGUGCUCGAAUUUUUGAGGCGUUAUCCUUGCAGUACAAAUAUGGAACAGGAUUACGAGAAAAUGCAUACCAAUUUACAAAUAUUUCAAAACAAAUGUCGAGAGCUGUUGAAAGUGGAACAAGCGCGUCUGAAUGAAACGAAGCGGCAAAUAGCAAAAUGGAAGAAAAAGAACGACAAAUUGACAAAGGAAAUCAAAAGGAAGUCAUCGGAAGUCGAGGAGCGUCGUAGAUUAUUCGAUGAUCCUCGUCGUAAAAAGGACAAAGAGGCCCGAAAGAUGAGACUCGCGGCGAUCGCGAGACGAACCAAACUGAUUAUGAAACUGGAGAACAAUUAUGAGCAAUUGUUGAUCUUGCAUGCUCGACUGGAAGUCUUGAAAUUACGAACGUAUCCGACCUUGCAACUUAAAACCGCAUGAUUCAUGUAUCGAGGAAAAACUGUCCAUAACAUAAAUCGCAGCAAUAUUGGAUAUUUAUUAACUUGUUUUAUAAAUUUAUAAAUUUGUUAGAGAACUGUCUUUUUUUUAUUGAUAAUAAAUAUUGAUAAUAAAUUUGUGCUACUUAUGCAUUAUACGUACAAAAACAAAUACAUCGAAUACGUGCAUCAAAUACAUCGGAUGCUCUUUAAUUAGUUACAGAAUUGCAGAUUCGUGUGUACAUGAUAUUAUAUUACCAUGUUACAUUUUUCAUAAAUAUUUAUUUUUUUCGAUCUCAAUCUCGUAAAUUAUCAAUAAAGGAAAAUUACAUACUUAUUUUAAGAAGAGAAUGAGGAAAGUGAUAUUACUACAUCAUUAUGUAAAUUUCCAUUAUUUUUCACUAUAUGAAAACACACAUACACGAUCAACAUGUCUUAAUAACUCAAAGAUAAAACCACAUGCAGUAUGUUUAAAGAUAUGAUUCUUUCUUUUAUUUGAAAGCGCGCCGCAAAAAGAUAUUCA